UGGAAACCACUUGAAAACCGAAUCCUAUGUGGCCUGAUCUUUUGUUUUCAAAUCCCAGUUUUCCAUCCGUUUUUGAGGCAAACGAACAGGCCCUAAAGAGAAAAACAAUUGAAAAAUUGCAGGCGCUCAAAACCCUAGUAGACAUGGGCAACAAGAACGGCUUCAACCCAUCACAAGAAGACAAUGGCCAACGCAGAAUCACUGGAAACUACAAGAACAGAUUUCAGGUACUCGAAAACCUAGAAGACAUGGAGAACAAUAAGAAUAUCAACCCAUCACAAGAAGAAGAUGACCCCAACAAGAAACAGAGAAUCACUGGAAACAACGGGAACAAUCUACAGGCGCUCGAAAACCUAGCCGACAUGGAGAACAAGAAGAGCAUCACCCCAUCACAAGUCGAAGAAGACGGCUCCAAGAAGAAGAAGAAGAAGAACAAGAUUCAGCCCGAAACGAAAACUGAAACUUGCUGCUCAUGGCUUCUGCUACCACUUGACAUCAUGACUAACAUUCUCUCAAGACUAACUCCGAAAUCUAUUGCGAAAUUCCUCUGUGCCUGCAAGCAAUGGCUUUCUCUAACUCACGAUGCCCGUUUCCUGAGAUCACUGCACGCGAGUUCCGCGAGCUACAUAAUUAUUGGUAAAUACAUUGUUAAUGGUAAAAUCGAGUUGUAUGAUUUCAGUAUGGGCGAUGGAGGAAAACCUAAGAAGAUUUCGUACAGGCUUAAUCUUGGAAGCAAGGAUUAUAGGUUAUCAAAUUUUGUCGAUGGUUUGACUUGUCUUCAUUAUGGCAACGGAGGUCCUAAACCUGAUAUAUACUUGUUAAAUCCUAUGACUCGGGAACUUCAGAAACUUCCAAAGAACAAUAGUCAUUGUGAAGCCUAUGAAUAUGAAAGUUUUGGUCUGGGUGUCGACAUGAAUAUGGGGCUAUACAAGAUAGUUAGAUUAUUAUCUCUUAGAAGGCAUCCCGCUCAACAUCCUGCGCAUUGUGAGAUCUAUACUGUGGGCACUAGAGAAUGGAGGUGCCUUGGUGAAGCUCCUUUUGGAGUAUGGUGUUAUUAUAAGCCUGUUCUCCUUCAUGAAGCCCUUUACUGGAUUGGUAAUCUCCAAGGAGAAGAAAAAUUAUGUCUUUUCAGAUUCAGUAUCAAAGAUGAGAAGUUUGGUUCAGCAAUAUCGCUCCCCCAUCCCUCGUUAUCCUCCCAUAUGUCAUACUCCAGUUUAAGGGAGUCUGGGGGGAAGCUUUGGCUUACAUUCAGGAAUCCAACCGAAAAUUACUUUGAGAUAUGGACUAUGAAAGACUAUUUGAAUAAUACAUGGGUCAAAGAACAUCAAUUCCAUAAUGAUGACCUCUCAAGUUUGCACCAGGUUUAUGGAGCUGAUGUCAUAGAUAUUGUAGAUGGUGAUAUUCUCUUUAGAGACUACAAAUCUGGAAGAUGGAAUGGCAUUUCUUAUAAUCUUUGUAGCGGAGCUUCGCACAAACUCUUCCUUGGUGGACAACAAAGUGAUUUUGCUUUUUACAGGGAAAGCCUUAUUUCACCAAAAGCUGUCGAUGGUAUCUCAAAGAUGUAGAAAACAGGGUGGAGAUGAGUAAUGCAUCAAAUUUAUUUGGGACGAUUUCAGUUAUGAUGUGGGCAUUAUGUGCCUGGGAAAUUGGACCCUGUUUUGAAAGCUUGCUUAAAUUUUUUUACACGUCAUUUAUCACUAGAGGAAUUGAACACUAUCUAAUUUGCAAGCUUACAGUAUAUUUUGGAAUUUCUUAUUUGUGCCUUUAGAAUUGUUUAGCUUUAGUAGUUUCUUUUCGCCUAUAAGAAUUU